AUGAGACCCGUACUUGUACAGCAACAAAUCGGGCAGUUACCAUCAUCGCGGAUCACACCGAAUCGACCGUUCGCGACCAUCGGAGUGGACUAUGCUGGACCGAUCUAUCUACGACCGAUCCACAAACGUGCAGAGCCCGCCAAAGCAUACCUCUGCGUAUUUAUUUGCUUUGCCACGAAGGCUGUUCACCUGGAACUAGUGGGACGUGAAAACCAGCAUCCUAUCAUCACGAUCACGAUCCUUCGACGAUUUGCAUCGCGCCGAGGACGUCCGUCACACAUCUACUCGGCCAACGGUAAAAACUUCGAAGGCGCAGCCCGGGAACUUAUUGAGCUAUUCGAGAUGCUCCAUGAUGAGAAGCAAAACAACAUCAUCGUCUCGACUUGCGCAGAUAUGGGCAUCACUUGGCACUUCAGUCCACCAAGGGCUCUACACUUUGGCGGAUUGUGGGAAGCUGCAGUGAACACCGCCAAAAGACACAUGUUUCGCCAGCUGGGCAGCACGAGACUGCCUUACGAGGGAUACAUUACUGUUCUGCACCAAAUAGAGUCGGAUGACCCCAACGAAUUAGCCGCAUUAACACCUGCACAUUGUCUUAUAGGCACAUCGAUGAACGCCAUCCCCGAGCCGGACUAUUCAACCCGAAAGGCAUACACCCUGAGCGAGUGGCCGAAGUGGCAACUGAUCGUACAGUGCUUCUGGAAACAUUAG